AUGGAGUCGCGUCUGCAGCGGUCGACGUCCCGGUGCGACCGCUAUCACUAUUGCCGUCGCGCUGCCGUCGACGCUUUCCCGAUGACGUCAACGCUAGUGGCUGUCUUGUUUUCUCUGAUCGUCUUGCAGAUCGUGUCCAACACAGACCAAGCGGCGCUGACACCCGUAAACAUUGUGCGAGUGGUCAGGGUGGACGUGCCAUCGGUGGUUCGGUCAUACGAUGCCAAACCCGACCCGGCGGCCACUGCGAUCGGCGGCGUGCCUCCGCCACUGUUGUUGGGCUGCGUGUACGCGUUGGAGGGUGGCGAGAACGACGACGAGAACGGCGACGUGAUCGUGCCGACGGACCCGCGGCCGGUCAACGGUACUGAGUCCACCGCGAACGGCGCCCGCGACCGGCGGUCAUCGUCGCCAGCACCGGACCUGGCCAUGGACUCGGCCAUGGAGGAGGUGCAGCGGCUACGGGGCUUGGUGGUCAAGUGGUACUUCCGGCGCAACCCCAUACCGGCAGCACCCAAAGACGCGAUGGCCAUCAUCAACGACAACGAACAGGUGUACCAGUGGAUAGCCGGCGGCGGGCCCGAGGCUGGCGGCGGGCUGGGCCCGCUCAGCGGACGCACGGUUGACGUCACCGCAGAGACCCCGCGCGCCGACCGGUCGUACUUGCACCGGGUCAUCCGGGUCGAACGGCCCACCGCCGAGCUCACCGGCGAGUACAGGUGUCAAGUGGAGGACUGGAACUCUGAACGCAGGUCCGCCUGGCACCCCAUGGUCGUAUACACACCCGAACGAAUUUUCAAAAUAUCCGUCGACGAUAACGACGACGACGACGAGGAUGAUAUCGCAGAAGGCAGUGGUGGAGAUUUGAAUUUCACGACUACGGAGCCGACGACCAGCAGCGCCCCGCAGACUGGCCCGAAAAAGUGGCCGACCGAAAUCAACAUCACGUGCUACGCCGCCGGCAUGCACCCCGAGCCAUCCAUGAGCAUUUGGGUGAAUGGAGUGUCACUGGAUUCCGUGACGUCGGUGGUCACUGAAGACGAUGGGGACAACGACGAGACCAAUGACGGCGCCACGACCACCACGUCGACGACGACAUCGACCACGACCACAACGACGACGACCACGGCCAAGCCAAAGGCGUUCAGGAACCGGUUCAGGGGCAACAGGGCCGGCGAAGAUGAGUACAAAAAGUACGCGGUUAGCGCCACUAGCGUGGUGUCGCUCAAGGACGCUGAGGAGUACCGGAACAGCAAGCCGCAUCAGCACCAGCGCCGGCGGAACACCGUCGACGUGGAGUGUCGGUUGCGCGUGCCCGGCGACGGUGCCGGCAACGGUCACUGGAAAGCUGACCGGACGGCCGACCUUUAUUACUCCGUCCGCAAGUCGGUGGCGUACAAGUACCGCAACGACCUACCGCCGCCCGGUGACGCGUUCGCCGCCGUGUCUUCAGCGUCUUCGGUGGCUGAUGACGACGACGACGACGCCGACACCUACGGCAACGGCAGUGACCGCGGCGCUGACAGUAAUGACGCCCCAAAGGCCCAAAACGCCGACGACGACGCCAUUUCCGGCGCCACCAGCGUCACCGCGUCCUUCUCCACCGUCGUUGUCCGGUCGGUGCAGACCAUCGCUGCUGCGGCCGUCGCUACUGCCGCCGCCCGACGUUAA